CCUGAUCCCUAAAAGUCCGGUUCCCAUAAGAGAGACUUUUUAAGGCUUUGGGUUAAAAAUGGAACCAGAAAAUCUUUACGAUGAUGUUCCAAUCAUCGUCUCAAACCCAACAAUGCUACUCGCCAUUGAUACUCGCAGCUCUACUCGCAAUAGCAAAGACAAAACAAACACCUCUCAUGUGAAGCCCUUCGGUGCGUGUUCUUCAAUCGCCACUCGAAGCUUUACUCGCAAGUGACAAACAAAUACUACUCAACUCUUUACCUCUCUUCAAGAAAACAAAAAUCAUUAAAGAAUAUGUAUAUGUCAAUUGUGAUUGCAAACCAACAAGGACCUGUGAUUGUGAGGUCACAAUUAUGGACCUUCCAAAUGUGAUUAUGGUGGAUAUUCUUUCAAGAUUACAAAUCAAGCCCAUUUUCUAUUGAACAUGAAUAAUCUAGAGCGUGAUUGGAUGUAUAAUAGGUUGGAUGGCCGAGGGGGUAUAAACUCUAGCUUUGUAACCGGUGUAGAUAAUUUUAUCCAAUUUGCACUUUCUGAACGAUACGUAGUGGACAGCUGGUCAGAAUUCAUUGACGUGCUACUCAUUGAAGGUUCUGCAUUUUAGCUGCUGUUGUUGAGCUGAUGAUUCAAUUCAGGCUUAAUACAACAGCUGAUCAUAGUUGCUACAGCAAUCCUUUUCAUUUGGUACUGCAAAUAAAUUGCCUGGUUAACACGACGAAUUGGGAGUAGCAUCUUCUCUUGGCUCUCAGUUGAUAACAGCAUCAACAAUGACCCAUCGCAUGCACUGAAUGCUUGUUAGCAGUUGCUGUGAUGUAAUCCUCAACAGACAUGUCAUUGACCUGAACACCAAUAUGGAUCGAGGCAGAGGUCGAGGUAGCGGAGGUCGUGUAGGAAAGUCCUCAUUAAGGUGUGAUUCUAUUGGUCGUGCAAACAUGCCUACCAUUCCCAUUCCCACCACAGUUAGUCCUCAACAAGGUGGUACGAGUUUCAUAGGUGGGCCAGAUCCUAUAAACCAAGUUCAAACUUUACGUACGCCACCGGUUCAAGCCUCAGAUAUCGCUCGAGGAAAAGGUCAAGGUAGUCCUCAACAAGGUGGUACGAGUUCCAUAGGUGGGCCAGAUUCUAUAAACCAUGUUCAAACUUUAGGUACGCCACCGGUUCAAGCGUCAGAUCACGGUAGUAACCCAACCAUCCCUGAAUUAUCUCCCAUUACACCUGAUCUGAGCGGCCCAGUAGAUGAGGGUACAUCAAAACAGAGCAACACUGUCAGCGAAGAAGAGUCCAGUAGUCGUCGUAGGCAGCGGACACUUACACUUGUUACUCUUACUCCUGCAGGGUUGGAACCUUCUAAAGAAUGCUCUAAUACCAUAUCCGCAUCUUUCAAAAAUCAACUUGAUCCCAAUGGAAUCAAUUGGAAAGGUGUCUCAGAAGAUACUAGAAAUUUUUAUUUUGGGGAAUUCAAGACAUACCAUUGGGACUCUUCGAUUCCUGAGAGUGUAAUAAAAAAACAUUGGAAUACUAAGGCAGCAACAAAGUAUACGAAUUUCAUUAGCAAAAUUAAACAAAAAAGGAUUAAGCCGGAUUAUGUGUCUGAUAAUGUGUGGGAACGCUGGUUGCAACUUUGGCCGGAUCCUAAGUGUGUCGAAAAGUCGGAGAUAAAUGCAAAGAAUCGUUGUGGAGGGAAAGAAGUUGCUGCCGGGACUCACACGGGUGGCUCUAUCUGCAUUGGGGAGCAUCGCAAGAGACUUGCUGUUACAAAGGGUCGAGAUCCAACACCAGGUGAGGUACAUUUGCAUGUCCAUACACAUGAUCAUGAUGGAGAAUCUUUUGUUGAUGAGCGUGCCCGAGAUGUCCAUGAAAGAUAUCAAGAAAUAUUACGAGAAAAAUCACAGUCUCAGUCUGAUAUUGAUCAAUGUGAAGCAUAUUACGAAGCUGCUGGGGGAACAAGGAAGAGAAGAACAUAUGGUCUUGGAUCUCAAGCACAAAGUUAUUAUGGGCCGAAUCUUUGCGUCAAUUUUGCCUUUAAUGCUUCAGCAUCAACAACACCUUCAACUUCUCAAUCAGCCCCUACAGAAAAUAUGGAGGAGUUAGUGAUGCAAUUGAUUCCUACACUGACUGAUCGCUUGCUUCCUUUAUUUAUUGAGAAGGCACGCGGAGUGAUUUCUUCACCAUCACAUCAUCUAAAUACUCCUGUCGACAAACCAUCAGUUGUGACACCCAUAGUGCUUCCUCCUACUACUGUCAACGUUGACGAUGUUGAUCCUUUAGUUUCUGAUGGUGAUCGUAGUCCUUCACCCAUGCAUUAGUUUUUUAUGUUAUCCGCUUUUUGUUGGAAAGAACAAACUUAUGCACUAACAAUACUUGAUGGAUGUGUGGGUUCUUUUGGUAGUUGAUAGCUUGGUGUUGUUGGUGUUUUGGACUUAACGAUUGGGAUUUCGCUAUCUAUUUUGAACUUUUUUUAUAAAUAUUAUUUUAUGUGAAU